CCAUUCCGCCCACAUUCCCCACUAGCAGCACUUCGGCCGAAAAACUGCACAAUUCAAUCCGUUCCAAAACAAAAGUAGGCGUUACCGCUGCUCCAUGGCAAGGGCAACGACACUGGUGCUCGUGGCCGCGCUCGCCGUCCUCCUCCUCACCUCCGGCCCCGCUGGUGCCACGGCCGCCCGGACCUCGCCCAAAGAGGUGGCAACAGCAUCUCCCAGCGAGAAGGUUGCGGCGUCGGCGGCGGAAGACCACGAGUGCGAGAUGCUGGCCGGCGAGCAGCAGCGGGAUGAGUGCAUGGCGAGGAAGACGCUCGCAGCGCACACGGACUACAUCUACACCCAGGAGAAUCACAACUAGUAACCUUCAUAUCUGCGUCCAUGUAAUGAUGUUAGUCGGCACUGCGUGUUCGAUCUCUAUCCUAUAGCUUCCUCCAUUGACAGUAGUACCGAAGGAGGGAUCGAUCCCAUCCCACCGUGCAUGCAUGCAUGGCGCACUUAUGUAUUGCCUAAAAUAAUUUAGUUAUUCGAUAAUCAAACUUGGUUUUAUCGCUC